AUGACCUCCAAGCCAGGCGAAAAGCGCAAAAAACCCAGCGGUGAAGUUGACCGCGUCCAACCCUCCUCCUCCACUUCGGGAACCAAAAGCGCAUUCACAACCUUGAUGAAUCGUCCCCCACCACCUCCGCCCCCCGAGAAAAAGCCCAAAUAUUCCGGCUUCGCCGGCCGUGACGGUCUUGGCGAAUAUCUGGUAAAGCCAGAGUCCUUCCCACCAACUGUCGUGAUAGCGCAUAACAGCGCAUGCGUGUUCAUCAAGGACCUCUUCCCCAAAGCCAGUAUCCACGCUCUCCUCCUCCCACGGGACCCGCAGAAGUGCCUAGUGAAUCCGUUCGACGCGUUUGAGGAUGAGGUGUUCCUUGAAGAGAUGAAGAAGCAGGCCGAGACGCUCAAGAAACUGGUUGCCAAGGACCUCAAGCGCCGGUAUGGGAAGUUCUCGGAGAAGGAUAAGAAGUUCUCGGAGUAUGAGCAACGGGAGGCAAUGGGGGAGCUUGUUGAAAGUGAGGUGAGGCCACAGGGGAGAGAUUGGGAGAGUGAGGUGAAGGUCGGAUUCCAUGCGGGGCCGAGCAUGAACCAUCUCCAUGUCCACGUGAUAUCGAGAGAUAAUUACUCAAGCUGCCUAAAGAAGGCGCUGCAUUAUAACUCUUUCAAUACGAAUUUUUUCGUAAACAUAGAAGAAUUGCCGUUAAGCAAAUCUGAGCGGAACUAUAGGCAAAGUAGUGACACUAGAAAAUCACAACUGUCGCAGGAUUUUGAGUGCUGGAGAUGCGGUAUGAACUUCAAAAGGUCGUUUGUGAGACUGAAAGAACAUCUAGCGAUAGAGUUUGAGGCGUGGAAGAAAGAGUAG